AAAUUGAGAUUGGCGGCCUACAUUCCUCUCUUCACCUCUCAUACCUCCAUUAGAAAGAUUUGCUUCAUUGGCGAUGACAAACAAUUGCCACACUAUGGUCAGGAUGAUAUCCACGACCUGAAGAGCAUCUUCGAGGUCAAGCAUCUCAAGGACCAUGCCCUCUUCCUGAACACACAAUACAGGAUGCCUCCUCAAAUUGGAAACUUCAUCUCUCAAGCUGUAUAUGAUGGCCUACUCGAGUCGAAUAUGCAACACCCCGUCACGAAUGAGAGGAUGGCUUAUCAUUUUAUCAACAUUCCCAGCCAGGAACAGUAA